AUGAAUGUUGCCCGACUUAAUAUGUCCCACGGAGAUCAUGCUUCUCAUAAGAAAGUUAUUGACUUGGUUAAAGAAUGUAAUGAGCAAUCUAAUAAAGACAAUGUUAUUGCAAUCAUGCUUGAUACCAAGGGUCCUGAGGUUAGGAGUGGUGACCUGCCACAGCCAAUCAACUUGGAAAGUGGUCAAGAAUUUACUUUUACAAUUCGUAGAGGGGUUGGCACAGCGGAUUGUGUUAGCGUGAACUAUGAUGAUUUCGUUAAUGAUGUAGAACCAGGAGACAUGCUUCUGGUUGAUGGUGGUAUGAUGUCAUUUCUGGUGAAGUCCAAGACAGAAGAAUCAGUGAAAUGUGAAGUUGUUGAUGGAGGAGAGCUUAAGUCUCGUCGACAUUUGAAUGUGCGAGGGAAAAGUGCAACAUUGCCUUCCAUCACUGAGAAAGACUGGGAAGAUAUUAAAUUUGGAGUGGAUAAUAAAGUUGACUUCUAUGCUGUUUCUUUUGUCAAAGAUGCACAAGUUGUUCAUGAAUUGAAGAAUUAUCUGCAAAGCUCUGGCGCUGAUAUACACGUUAUUGUAAAGAUAGAAAGUGCAGACUCUAUCCCAAAUUUGCACUCCAUUAUCACAGCAUCCGAUGGGGCUAUGGUUGCAAGAGGAGAUCUUGGUGCAGAGCUCCCUAUUGAAGAGGUUCCACUUCUGCAGGAAGAGAUAAUCAGGAUCUGCCGUAGCAUGGGGAAGGCUGUUAUUGUGGCAACAAAUAUGCUGGAAAGCAUGAUUGUUCACCCAACACCAACCAGAGCUGAGGUAUCAGACAUUGCCAUUGCUGUUAGAGAGGGUGCUGAUGCAGUUAUGCUUUCAGGAGAAACUGCUCACGGAAAGUUCCCAUUGAAGGCCGUGAAAGUUAUGCACACUGUUGCACUUCGGACAGAGGCAACCAUCUUAGGUGGUGAAUUGCCAGCCAAUCUUGGUAAAGCUUUCAAGAACCACAUGAGUGAGAUGUUUGCUUACCAUGCAACCAUUAUGUCCAAUACUCUUGGUACCUCAAUUGUUGUCUUUACCAGAACUGGUUUCAUGGCUGUUCUUUUGAGCCAUUAUCGGCCUUCUGGGACCGUAUUUGCCUUUACAAAUGAUAAGAGGAUACAACAGAGACUGGCUUUAUAUCAAGGUGUAUGUCCCAUAUACAUGGAGUUCACAGAUGAUGCUGAGACAAGUUUCAGCAAUGCCUUGACUGUGCUGCAGAAGCAAGGCAUGGUAAAGGAAGGAGAAGAGGUGGCACUCGUUCAGAGUGGCAGACAACCCAUUUGGCGGAUCCAGUCCACUCACAAUAUUCAAGUGCGCAAAGUUUAG